GUUUUGAUUUUGGAUUAUGACAAACAAGUAGGUAGUUUUUUUUCCAGUGGAAAGAAAGUACUAGUAGCCCUCCUAAAAAAGUUAAAAACAAGUAAAGUCGUACCCCCAAAAAUAAUGGCAGCAGAAAUAAAACCGGCCGUACAAACGAACGACAGAUUUUGUACAACAAAAAAGCCAGUCCUGCUAUCCAAAUUGGACGGUUGCAACGACGAAAUCAACGCAGCAGUCUUGAUUCCGGGUGAAGACGGCGUUAUCAGUGUCUCCGACGAUAAAACUGUCCGAGUAUGGCUAAAAAGAGACUCGGGCCAAUAUUGGCCCAGCAUAUGCCAAUACAUGCCCAGUGGUACCACUUCCAUAUACUACACUGUAGAAACCAGACAGUUGUUUAUCGGACAAGAAAAUGGGACCGUUUCUGAAUUUUCUUUAGCCUCAGACUUCAAUAGGAUGAUGCCUGUUAGGGAAUAUUUAGCUCACCAAGCACGGGUCACUGAAAUUAUAUUUGCAAUUACUUGCGAAUGGAUUUUGAGCGUAGGCAGGGAUAAGGUGUUUUCAUAUAAUUGUACCCAAACCGGACGCAAUAUUGGAACUUAUAGCUCAGAAGCUUGGUGCACUUCUUUACAAUUUGAUGCCCAAUCCAAACACGCCUUUGUAGGAGACUAUGCAGGACAAAUAGUCAUGUUAAAAUUAGAUAACAAUGGCCCAAGCUUAGUUACCACUUUAAAAGGCCAUUCAGGAUCUAUUAGAUCAUUAACUUGGGACAUUGGCAGAAAAAUGUUGUUUAGUGGUUCCUUUGAUCAUACAAUUAUUGUUUGGGAUAUUGGGGGCCAACAAGGUAAUGCUUAUGAACUUCAGGGACACCACAAUAAGGUUUCAGCUUUACAUUAUUCCGAUUCAUCGAAACAACUAAUUAGCGCAGGGGAAGAUGGCGUUAUGGUUUUCUGGGAUAUGAACCAGUCGCGUCAGGAAACUCCAGAAUGGGUGGAAUCCGAUCUGUGUCAGUUGUGCAAUAAGCCAUUUUUUUGGAACCUCAGAGCUAUGAUGGACCAACGUCAGCUUGGAUUAAGGCAGCACCAUUGCCGUCACUGUGGUAAGGCGAUUUGUGAAAAAUGUUCACAAGCUCGUCUCACUAUCCCAGCAAUGGGUUUUGAAUUUGCAGUUAGGGUUUGCGAACCUUGCCAUGCGUUGUUGAAGGAUAAAGAGAGAAUCUCCCUAGCAACUUUCCAUGAUGCAAAACACUGUAUCAUAGCCAUGGAUGUAGAUGAAACAUCAAAAAAAAUCGUAACAGUCGGUCAGGAUCGGAUUAUUAAAAUUUGGGAUAUUUCAGCUUUGCUUUAAAUUAUUUAUUUAAAAAAAAAAACUCAUAUUGUGAUGUGAUGUAUAAUCUAUUGAAAUUUUUCCUUUCAAUUAACAAGUUUUUAUCUUAUUAUUUCAAGGAGAUGGAUUUUGUUGGGUUCAGUUUGGGUUUGCAUUGGGAUAAUUUAAACUGUACCGGGCAAAAUUUGCAUCCAUAGAAAGAAUGUUAUAAAGUGUAAAGGUUAUGUUUAAUAGUGUUAUCCUAUGUAUAGUUUUUAAAAAUAUUAUUAUUAUUGUGUUUAAUGAUACUUUCUAUAGAUUCUAAUAAAAAAUGCUGUAUAGUUUUCUGUUUCUAAAAUUGUAGAUUUUUUUUUCAAUCCAAUGCCUACGCUUUUUAAUUAUUAUCAAUGAAACUGCAGACAUUUUUUUAUUAGCAGGUAUAAUAAUAAUAAUAAUAACAAAUCUUUAUAACUACCAGGGCUCAGUACAUUUUUACUAUAGUAAGUCAAUUGGUUUCUACAUGAUGCUAGCACCUUAAGCCAGAGCCGAUUGCUAAAAAUGUCCCAAACGAGCCCCCUCCUUGGAGCAUUACUUUUCCUACUGUGUUUACUAGCUCUCUGCCUCUCAAUCCA